AUGCCCGCUAAGGCGGCCAAGCGUGAGCAGAAGGGGGCUGCCUCGGCCCCCCCGCCCAUGAAAAGGGCAAAGGCGAAGGCUAAGCAGCCGGAGUCUGACCCUGCUGGUUCGGCAGGAGGUGCGCAGCCGGAGGCGCCGCCGGAGACCAACCAAGUCGUGGGCCCGACGCUGGACAUCAUCACCGAUGCUUUGAACGCCAUCAAGGGGUCGCCAUUCUUCGCCGACCUCGAGAAGAAAAUGCCGCUGACCAUCGCCCAGGGCGGUCGCCAGGCGCCGUUCGUGAAGGAGGAUUGUUCUGAUGCCCUCAGCCGCGGAUCCCCCUACUCAUGUGGGUGCAACCUCUUCUGGCAGAACUUCUUCUGGAGCUCCAGCUACCGCACCCCUGUGAACAUGGGGCAGGUCAGGGAGAUCGUGAACUACCACCUUAAGAGCCCGCCAAAUGUCUUCCCCAUGAACACCGUCUUCGCGGUGGACAGCUCGGACAUGGACGUCACUAAGCACCUGGGCAGUUUGCGGCGCCUCUCACCAAUCGAGCCGCAGCUGGCCUUGCUCAUGGCCAUCGCUGACGCGGUAAAGCAGCAGGCGGAGGACUCCAUCCUGUCAAAGUGGAUGCAGGUCGUGCUUUCGGCGCCAGUGACGUUCGAGGUGGUGUUGCCAGGUGACCUGCGGUAUUGGCGCGCCCAGAACAUUCGGCAGGAGUGGAUCGAGCAUGGGGAGACAGCCCAACUCACCGUGAGGCAAUGGGUGUACGACAUCGUCGGGUUCAAGGCGGCGAAGGAAAAAGAGCUGGAGAAAACGUUGGGCGCCAAGGACGUCAGCGAGCUCUACGAGAAGAAGAUGAAGUAUGCGCGGUCUACUGAAAAAGUGAAACCAACCUUCGUGGAUAACGCAAUCACAGUCCACAAGCGGUUGCUGUCCCUGGAGGCGUCCAAUCGGUGCCUUGUCUGGGCGGACGAGAACCUGAUGAACAAGUCCCCGUGGAAUAGCCUCUACGCGAUGCACGCUGUGGUCGAGCGCGCGUCGACCCCCAACAAGAUCGAUUGGGCGAUGAUGGGCCUCACGGAUCAUUACCGCAUGGACUUCAUCAACUUAGGCGAGUUCGGUGUCAGCAAGCUCAGGGACUACAGGCAGAGCUACGUUGAAAUCUUGAACAUGAAAUACGACGUGAAGAACGAGCUCUUGUUCAAGUGGCUUCCGCGCACUGGCAUCCCAACCGAACACGUCACAGUGAUGCAAGAGAAGAUGAAUACCUUCGACGCGGUGCGGACGUACGUCAGUUCCUACCCAGGGGGGGUAGUCGAUACCACGUGGCAGGCUCUGAUUAGUGUUGGUGGCAAGCAGUCGGAGUUGGUGUACACAACCGAGUUCGACUCUCGCUACAGGAACGCCGUCCAGUCGAAGCUCGAGGCGGCGGAUUUUCUCGCCUACGAAUCGAUCUCCACGCGCAUGAACGAAGUCAUCGAGAUGGUGCGGAGGGAGAACAAUGGGGGGCAUGGUACUACUGACACGCCGGCCGCGGCUGGAAGUGGCACGGGCACCCCUGCAGCUGCCGGGGCUGACAACCCUGCGGGGCAGAUGACCGCAGUGGCGGGCGACAGGCCCGCGGAUUUGCAAAACUUCGACAAGCUGCCAGAGAUGGACAAAACGAGUUGGAACAAAUUCAUCGACAAGCUCAUUCGCACGUACGUUCAGAUCGUGCCCGACCAGAAAACGGCGGCCGAGCUGGAGACCAUGCUCCGGGACUCCGCGCUCGCCACCAUCAAGGGUGACCCCACGGGGCUGGUGCUAUACCACUUCGACGUGAAGCAGUUCGGCGAGCCGCUCACCAGGCCUGAGCUGCGCAUUGCGCCCCUCAGGGAUGGCCCGUACCACCGCCUCGUGCGGACGAUGCUGAACGCGAGGGCGCCUCAGGGGCAACUAGCCCAUCUCCGCAAUGGGGAGGUCGCAGUGAUUUUGGACGGCGGGCGGAGGGGCAACGCGACCAAGUUGCUCGGGCCGUGGAAGGAGAACACCAUCGAGACGAAGAAGGAUACACCGCCGAGCAAGGGGCGCGGCUGCGAUGAGCCCGACGAUGACGAUGAUAAGGAGGCCGGCUUCAAAGCUUCGAUCAUCCAGCUCGCGUACACGGAGGAGAGCCUCAAGAAGCGCCGCAACAGGGUUCACGGAGGCACGGGGAGCUUGCAGCAGGUAGAGUGGGUGCACAUGUUGGCGCACUCGCGCAUUUCGGCCCCUGAGCGGCGCCGCAAGCACUUCGAGGGCAGCACCGCGGGGGAUCUGAUCAACGGCAUCGAGCUCCCAGAGUUGAGCAAGGAAUGGCACGUGACGUGGAAAGACAAAAAGGCAAUAUACGGGAAGCGCAAUCUGAUUGCGGUGGGGGGCAAAACAGAGGGCAUUCAAGGCGAGGCCGAGCGGAAAACCGACUCUACCGUUGUCCCCAUUUCCUACCACGGCAUGCCGCUUGUCUUCUACAAAGAGCUGCUGCACAUGUUCUUUGUCAAAUGCGUCCUCGACAUGACCCCGCUCAACGCGAAAUUCGCGUGGGCUUGUCUCGAGGAGAGGGUCGCAUACGUCGGGGUGGCCUUCGCGAAAGAACACAUGGAGAAAAUCUACCUCCACCUGGCGGAGCUCGUGAAGAGCGCGAUGGCGGAUCCUGGGUCCAAGCUGUUCAACAAGGAGUACGCGAACGCUGUCGGCAAGGAGGUGGCGCCGACGCCGAAGGUACAGCCAGGGCCGAAGCGCCGCAGCCGCCGCAACACCGGCGCCGCCGCGGCAGCGGAGGCCGACGCCGGCGCGGGGGAGGGCGGCGGCGGCGAUGGUGGUGACCAGCAGGAGGGCGGCGGCGGCGGCGGCGGUGGUUGCCAGAGCGGCGGCUUUGCCGGAGGAGAUGAUGGGUUCGACGACGAUCCCGCGGCAGAAGGGCUGCCUGGCGCUGACGAGGAGCUCUGGGACCCUUUGCAGGAGGAUUAG